AUGGAUCCGAAUCAGAAGCCUCACACCUUGGUUGAGACUUUUGACCGAGCCAACUACAAUUCUAUCCACGAGUAUAAUGUAGCUCUCAUAACUUUCUUGACUUAUCCUGUAUCAACAUGCACAACUGAGAGUACCUUCAGUGGUAUGAGGAGACUGUGUAAUAAUAAUACUGAUUGAUGCUACAGUUGACUGACAUGUAAUCCUACCCCCUGGAAUGUGCUAUAUAUAUCAACCACAUUCCGCACCAAGAACAGAGAGAUCAAUAAACCUUCGAGCCAGUCAACCCUUGUUAUGUUUCUUAGUUAAAACCCUGAACUCGUUCAUCUAAGCAAAGCUUAUUACAUGGUGUCAGAAGUGGCCAAUCAUGGAACACAUGAAGCCCAUAGGACCUCUACGAAUGGACGGCAACGUCGCAGAAAACUGGCGAAAAUGGAAACAGAGGUGGGUCCUCUAUGCGAAAGCGAGUGGAGUAGACUCAAAAGACGAAGAAACACAAUGUGCAGUCUUACUACACACCAUAGGAGAAGAGGCACUUUCAAGUAUACGACACUUUUUACAUUUACAGAAACCGAGGAGAAUAAGAUAGAACCUCUCGUGGCAAAGCUAGAGGCGCACUGUGCCCCAAAGAAGAACGUCACGCAUUUAACGCUUAUCUUUUCUUCUCGCACGCAAAACGGACGGCCUAUCGCGCCGUUACCGAUCUCCGCACAAAAGCCAAAACCUGCGUAGUUUGGAACACUCAACGAUAGUCUAAUAAAGGACAGAAUCGUGUGUGGAAUCGACAGCCAGAGUGUAAGGGAGCGACUCUUACGCAACAACGAGCUCACUCUAGAAGUAGCCAUAAAUACCCGACGAGCCGCAGAGACGAGUAAAACUCAAAUGGAGUCCCUUAACAGCUUGGAAGCAGCAGCCGUAAACCGUCACAAAGAACCAAAAACAGCCACCAAGAUAUCAGCCUAUGAAGAAAAGGCAGCAGAAACAACAGCACCAGCAAAUAAAACCGUGUGGUCGUUGUGGUUACAUCCACAAGCCAAAACAAUGCAGGGCGUUUGGACAAACAUGUCACAAAUGUCAAGGGAGAGAUCACUUCGCCCAUAUGUGCCGCACAAAAGGCGCAAAUACUGGCCACAAAACACUCAAUGAAAUCGAACAGCAGUCAGACACUGACUCAGAUGAGGAUCUAUUCCUUGGAGAAUUAGAUUCGUCACAAAAUGACAAAAACGAACUGUUCACGAAACUAACCGUGAAUGAGGAAGAGAUCAGCUUCAAAAUUGAUACAGGCGCACAGUGCAAUGUCAUUCCCGAACACGCCUAUGAAAAACUGAGCAAGAAGCCAAGCCUACAGCCUACUAACGUUAAGAUAACUGCAUAUGGUGGGGUACGUGUGCCGAUCAAAGGAACAUGCACAAUGACAAUCAAGAAAAACAGCAAAAACCUUGAUGCCAAAUUCCUUAUUGUCGCCGUUGACAAGGCUCAACCCUUAAUUGGCCUUCAAACUUGCCGAGAUCUGGAACUGAUAAACAUUAACAACGAUGUUAAUGAAGUCAAAACAAGUGGAACAGAAAUUCUCGACGAAUUUAAAGAUGUCUUCACCGGACUUGGUUUAGUCAACGGAGAAUUUCACAUCGAGCUUCGAGAAGACGCAAGGCCUACAAUACAACCGUCACGGAAAAUUCCUCUGAGCCUGAUGCCGAAACUACAGAAAACACUAGAGAAGCUGACAGAAAUGGAAGUAAUCAGCAAAGUUGAAAAAGCAACUGACUGGGUCAACAGCCUAGUCAUCGUGGAAAAAAAAGACGGCUCAUUGAGACUUUGUUUAGAUCCGAAAGACUUGAACAGAGCAAUCAAGCGUGAACAUUAUAAGCCGCCCGACAGCGAAACCAUUUCUAGUAAGCUCAAUGGGAAGCGUGUUUUUACGGUAAUUGACAUGAGUAACUGCUACUGGCACAAAAAGUUGGAUGAAGAAUCAUCCUAUUUGUGCACAUUCAACACGCCUUUUCGGCCGAUACAAGUUUAACAGAAUGCCGUUUGGUAUCUGUGUAGCGAGUGACGUCGCUCAGAGAAUGGUGGAUGAAAACUUCAGCGACAUUCCAGGAGUUCUCGCAGUGCACGAUGACAUUAUCAUCGCCGGAAAGGACACUGCGGAACACGACCUAGCUCUCAAACAAGCGCUGGAACGCGCAAGAUCACGCAACAUAAAGUUUAACCGCAGCAAAGUACAGCUCUGGCGUCAACCAAGUGAAGUAUCUUGGUGAUAUCGUGACCGCCGAUGGAUUCAAGCCAGAUCCCGAGAAGAUAAAAGCAAUUGUGGAAAUGCCAGAACCACAAUGUAAGCAAGAUUUGCAACGCCUACUUGGCAUGGUCAACUAUCUGUCGCAGUACAUACCAAACAUGUGUCAGAAAUCACAGCCCCCCACGCAACUUGUUGAAAAAGAACAUGCAAUGGGUGUGGUAUGACGAACAUCGAUCCGCGAUAGAUAAGCUGAAACACGCACUCACGAACACUCCCGUUCUGCAGUAUUUCAACCAAGACAAGCCAACUACAAUCCAAACCGACGCCGCAAAGUGGAAUCGGAAGUUGCCUCCUGCAAGAAGGACACCCGUGAUUUCGCGUCAAGAUCGCUGACGAAUGCCGAACAGAACUAUGCUCAAAUCGAGAAAGAACUAUUGGCUAUUGUAUUUGCGUGCGGCGAUUUCACCAAUUUGUCUCACGACAAUGACAUAAUUGUGCAAAGUGACCACAAACCACUUGAGGCGAUAAUGAGAAAGCCAUUAUCUCAGACACCCCGAGAAUUCAACGAUUGCUAAUCAGGCUUCAAAAGUACAAUUUGACAGUUCAUUUUGUACCGAAAACUGAUGUUCAUUGCAGACACUCUAUCAAGAGCGUACCUAAAUGAGACUGUUGAGGGUCCCCAAGACCUCAAUGAUGACAUCAGUGAUGAUCCACAGUUUCAUCACCGAAAUCCCAGCGAGUCCAGAAAAGUUGACACAGCUGAAAAAUGAAACCGCCAAAGAUGCAACACUUCAGGCGCUGAAAGCUCAAAUACAAAAAGGUUUCCCACCCCAUAGAAAAGCCUUGAGACCAAUUCUCUCGCCAUACUGGAUUGUCAGAGAUGAGCUAAGUGAAGCCGACGGUCUUCUAUUCAAAGGAAGACAGCUUCUCAUUCCAAAAGCCAUGCAGAACAGCGUCCUGGAAAUGAUACAUGAAAGCCAUCUUGGAAUUGAAAAGUGUAAAGCACGAGAAAGAGCCAUUGUUUAUUGGCCUGGAAUGUCACGCGACAUCCAUGAUACUGUUGUCAAGUGCCCGACAUGCUUGACACACAGACACAAGAACCAGAAGGAACCAAUGAUUCCCCAUGCCAUACCAGAUCGUCCAUGGCAAAAGCUCGGAUCCGAUGUGUUUGAACACAAAGGAAAACCGUACCUAGUAGUGGUGGACUACUACUCCAAGUACAUCGAAACUAGCCUAAUGCGUGACAAAACCGCGGGAACCAUUGUCACGCACAUGAAGUCAAUCUUUGCUAGACACGGCAUCCCUGAAGAGCUCGUAUCAGACAACAUGCCUUACAACAGUAAAGAGUUCAAACGAUUCGCAGAGCGACUGGGGAUUUGAACUGAUCACCUCAAGCCCCACAUAUCCGCAGUCUAAUGGCCUCAGUGAGAAAGCAGUACAAACCGUUAGCGAAUACUAAAGAAAGCAAGCGACCCAUACAUCGGCCUGAUGGAGUACAGAAAUACUCCAGUGACAGGAAUGACAUAUUCGCCAUCCCAGCUUCUCAUGAGUCGCACCACCAGAACCAAGAUCCCCGUAACACAAGAACUCCUGAAACCAAAGAUUGCUACUGAGGUCAAACAACAACUGUUAGCCUGUCAACAUCAGCAAGUGCACUAUUAAAUCAAGGAGCAAAGCCCUUGACAGAUCUCAAACCACAGGAAGCUGUCCGUCACGCCAAGGAAAGACCUGGGUACCUGCCGUAGUAAACGAGAAAGCAGAAACCCCAAGAUCCUAUUUAGUCACAACUACGACCGGACAACAAUAUCGCCGGAAUCGCAAGGAUCUGCUACAAACUGGAGAAAACCCUCCUGUAAUAUCAGUCCCGCAAGACAACGACUUUAAUUACACUACAGAAACUCAGAAAACCUCAGCAACCCCCAACAAAGAACAAGACCCUGUACAACCUCCUGAACAACAGCAACCCAACAACCCAGAAUCGACGACACCACCUAGACGCUCCUCGCGAAUCACUACUCUUCCCUUUAAAUUCAAGGACUAUGUCAUGAAUUUCUAAGAACUGAACACUGAAAAUUAGAACAUUGAACUUUUGUCAUACCGGAAGUGUCAUUGCUAUUAUUCGAUUAUUUUUUUUAAUGAUAGUGUUUGAUUUCAUUCUCAAAAAGGGAGAUGUAAUAAUAAUACUGAUUGAUGCUACAGUUGACUGACAUGUAAUCCUACCCCCUGGAAUGUGCUAUAUAUAUCAACCACAUUCCGCACCAAGAACAGAGAGAUCAAUAAACCUUCGAGCCAGUCAACCCUUGUUAUGUUUCUUAGUUAAAACCCUGAACUCGUUCAUCUAAGCAAAGCUUAUUACAGACUGCAAACUCCUUUACGAAGGACUAUGACAGACCAGAGAUUGAGCUCUAUUGCAAGUCUAAACAUACACAAGCACAAGGACGUAAUUGAUAUCGAUGGCACUAUAACAGAGUUUGCCCGUUUG